AGAAAACAGCCAUCUUCUUAAUGAAGAAAAUAUAAAGAUCAUGGCUAUUUGUUGUUAAGUACAAGAAAUAAUUAUAUCAUAGUCUGUUAUGAAAGUCCAUCCAUCCAUCCAUCCAUCCACCAAUCUACCAUGGCUGGAAAAUAUUGUUUUCAUCACACGUUUUUCUAUCUAUCUAUCUAUCUAUCUGUUGGGUCUGAGCUCUACCUGGGCACCAUUAUGUUAACAGUACUCUACCUCAUGAGCUGGACACCAAAUAUGUUAGAUUUCGGUUGUUUAUCAAUUUAUUGGCUAUCAAAAAUUAAGAAAAUAUUAAUAUUAAAAAUAUUGAUAUUAAAUAAUAACUUUAAAAUGAAUUAAAGUUCACGGGGCACCAGCCUAAACUAAUAGGCAAAAUAGCCAAUAUGGUUUUAGUCUCAAUUUAUUACCAUUAAUCUGGAACUCUGAUUAACCAUUAGCUUACUAACUAUAACCAAAUUACCAAAUCAAUAGUAAGUUACAGUUGAAGGAUUGGAAUUCUACCGAGUAAAGGUUGGCAAUAUUCACGCUUGUGCAACAUUAAACACACCAGUAGUUAUACUUAAAAGGCAUUUAUUUACAAUGGAGCAGAGUAAAAUACAAUGUCUAAUCUAGUGUAUACAGGUGUGUGUGUGUGUGUGCGUGUGUGUGUGUCUGUGUGUGUGUGUGUGUGUGUGUGUGUGUGUGUGUGUGUGUGUGUGUGUCUGUGGGGACACAGACAAAGGCAAGAUGGCCGACUCAAAGUGGUCACUGUGACCACAUGACCUGAACAAAGAAGACUACACAAGAUGGCGGUAAACAAAGAAACUACUAAAAUGGCGGCUGAGACCACCUAGUGUGUGUGAGAGGGAAGGUGUGAGUUUCUUUGUUAGCCUAGCUCAUGUAAUCUAAAGGUACCAGGUUAGAGGGGGAAGGUUAGCUUCAUGCAGGUUCUAGGACUGAGACGUACUGCUAUGUGUGUGAACAUACGAGUACUCGAUUAACUGUAUGACUGACCACAACCUAAGCAAACAUUGCAACAACAAGACAUCAAUCAACAAUUACAUUAACAAGUUAAGACUUCUGCUGAUUAGCUAUGCCGUGCUAUGCUGUGCUGGGAGAGGUUAGGCCCAGUCCGUUAACGUUACCCAAUCCUUGGAACAAGCAAAGAGGUCCUUUCCAGUGUUUUGUAAAGUCCAGUGAGUUGGGAGGCUUCCUGGUGGAGUAAAGUCCUGUCUGGCUGUGUUGCUUGCUGUUAUCUCCCUUGUUCUCCUCACAGAGUUAGCUGUUCCAUGCUAACUCUGCUACGACUCCUGUUGCUUGGAAAAUCAGCUGGCCUUGUAUUGUAGCUGCUGAUUCUGAAGAGGAUUUGGUUCACUCACAGUUAAUCCGAAGCAGGUCGCUGCUGUGGAGGAGAAGAGUGUUUGCAGGCUGCUGUUAGCAGGCCGGCAAGAGAGCUAGUUUCUCAGGUAACAGAGCUGACCUGGGCUGGGGCCUUGUUGCCCUUUUAAGAACCGAGAGAAGAGGGCUGGAGCUGUUCUCCAGAGCAAGCCAAGAAGGGAAGAAGAGUGAGAAGGGGUCUAGAAGACUGGUUUUGUUUGGUGACACCCUUGGGGGUCACAUGUCACACGCUGACCAUGGCUGGCCAGUAAGGUCCGUGGGGGGAAGGGUCAUCCCCAGGUGUGAACGGUGAGGAACUGUGGAGUGUGAAUUCCUUUGUCCAGUGGAGCAAAGAAACAUUUGGUCUAUUGAAUGAUUGAGUCCCAACAUAUCUAUCUAUCUAUCUAUCUAUCUAUCUAUCUAUCUAUCUAUCUAUCUAUCUAUCUAUCUAUCUAUCUAUCUAUCUAUCUAUCUAUCUAUUUAUCUAUCUAUCUAUCUAUUUAUCUAUCUAUCUAUCUAUCAAUGUUUGGUUAAAUUCUUAAAAUCAUAUUUGGCAAGACUGUGUUCGGAAACAUUUGAAACAACUGUGUUCAAGACAUCUGUUAAUACAGUCUCACACAUUUCCAUAGCCUUUCCUGAAUAGUUCAGCACCACGACCGUGGACAGUGACUCUUAGUGGGAUACAGGGAUGCUUACACUAUACAGGCUUGUGAUUUACCUGUGUGAGCGUGUGAGCUUUGCUUCUAUACUUGAUUAUCUUUUCAAAAAAAAAAUGUCGUUCCCAAAAAAAUGUAAAAAAAAAAAAAAAAAAACAUUCUACUGUGGAGAUUGUGAUUUUUUUUAUUUUAUUUUUUUUUUUACAUCUGACGUAACUUUAUCCGGGUCUAUUUCCUAUCUGUCUUUUCUUUGCAUUCUUUGACGUCCCUAUUUCCUGGUAAUAAUUGCCUUUGGUUAAAGGGAAGGGGCACAAGCACAAUAGAUGCUGCGUCUUUAAGAGUCUCGAUCGGUUCCCCUCUCAUUGGAUGGUUGAAAUAAAUGCUGUGCACCAAUAGGAUUCAAGACUGUACAAAGCAAUCUACUCCCUGCCCCCAUGCAGUCUAUGCGCUGUAACACUUAGACCGCAAAGAGCAAGAGGAGAGACAGCAAUGAGCUCGUUUUUUACAAUAUGAAAAUUUUAUAUUUCGGUUUACAUCCGUGCUCAGUAAUUUGUGAUAAAUGUUCAAUGGGAAUAUUACCUGCAAUGAUGGAUUUCAUGAUUUUUCUAUACACAAUGUCGAUUGGAAUUAAUGUGUUAUAGCGGACCAAGGAUGACAAAGAGAAUAGGAUAUCGAGACUGGAGGUGGCAGGCGCUUUGGUGGCAUCAUUUCUUUCUCUUAUGGACUACAAUACACGGACAGACUCGUUACAGCAUCCCAGAGGAACUAAAACAGGGCUCUGUGGUAGGAAAUCUAGCCAAAGAUCUGGGUUUGGGACUAUCUGAGAUCUUUGACCGUAAGCUGCGAGUCGCCUCUGAGGCUGGUGAGCAGUAUUUCAGUGUGGAUGCGGGGAAGGGCGAGCUGGUGGUGAAUGACAGAAUAGACAGAGAGGCUUUAUGUGGACAAAGCGCCAGCUGUGUGUUGCCUUUGCAGGUUGUAAUUGAAGAUCCAUUACAACUUUUUCGUGUUGAAGUUGAAAUACAAGACAUUAAUGAUAAUUCACCCAGAUUCCCAUCAAAUGAUAUCACAUUGGAGAUUGCAGAAUCGACAGUUGUGGGUGUUCGAUUCCCUUUAGAAAGCGCCAUAGACCCAGAUGUGGGCAGUAAUUCACUGAAGUCAUACACUCUCAGUAAAGAUGAAUGUUUUAAUAUUAGAGUUAAAGAAGUUGCCGGUGGAAGGAAAGUCCCUGAGUUGAUUUUAGCAAAGGUUUUAGAUAGAGAGAAAAAGGCUGUUCAUAAGCUUUUGUUGACCGCCGUAGAUGGAGGCAACCCAGUGAGAUCAGGAACCUCUCAAGUAUCUAUCAAAGUCCUUGACAUCAACGACAACGUUCCAGCUUUUGAGAAAAACUUGUAUAAAGUAUCAAUUAAUGAAAAUACUGCAGAAGGUGCAAUGAUUGUACAAACAAAAGCAACAGAUAUGGACGAUGGUCAAAACGGAGAAAUAGAGUACUCAUUUGGAGCGCACACAUCAGAUGUUGUUCUCUCUGUUUUUAAUAUUGAUCAGUUAUCGGGAACUAUAUUUCUUAAAGGAAAACUAGAUUUUGAAUCAACUUCAAAUUAUGAAAUAGACAUAAGUGCGAAAGACAAAGGCAGUCCGAGAAUGGAAGGGCACUGUACUGUGCAUGUUGACGUUUUAGAUGUUAACGAUAAUGCCCCAGAAAUAAUACUCACGUCUCAUCCAAAGCCAGUGCGAGAAGACUCCCCUAAUGGCACCGUGGUAGCUUUACUCAGUGCCCGAGACCUAGACUCCGGUGAUAACGGUAAAGUGACAUUACAGCUCCCUAAGAAAUCGCAAUUUGCCCUGAAACCAUCGUUCUCACAAAAUUACGCACUGGUUACCAGAGGCAUUUUAGAUAGAGAAAAUGUUUCCGAAUAUUAUAUUGAAAUAACAGCCACUGAUUCAGGCUCUCCUCCUCUUUCCAGUAAGAAAACUAUACCAGUCAGCAUUACUGAUGUGAAUGACAACCCUCCUGUAUUCACUCAGCCCUCCUAUAAUGUAUAUUUAAAAGAGAAUGGGGUACCAGGAUCUAUACUGUACUCAGUAUCAGCCUCUGACCUGGAUUUUGGUGAAAAUGCUAAAAUCUCUUACUCUAUACUGGACUCUAAAGUGCAGGACGUUUCUGCCUCGUCGUAUGUUUACAUUAACUCAGAUAACGGCAGCAUCUACAGUAUGCACUCGUUUGACUAUGAGAAACUGAAGGUGUUUCAGAUUCAGGUUCAGGCAAAGGAUCAGGGCUCUCCGUCUCUCAGCAGCAACGCCACUGUCCAUGUUUUUAUCCUGGACCAGAACGACAACGCCCCCGCUGUUAUUUACCCCUCCUCCGCUGCCAUGGGCUCCCUCUCUCAUCAGAGGAUGCCCCGCUCCGCUAAAGCGGGUCACCUGGUUACUAAGGUGACGGCCGUGGACGCUGACUCGGGCCAUAACGCCUGGAUCUCCUACAAACUGGCGGAGGCCACAGACGCCUCUCUGUUCACUGUCAAUCUGUACACAGGGGAGGUGAGGACUAAACGCGCUGUGUCCGAGCAGGACGACUCCUCUCAGAGGCUGCUUAUAGAGAUCAGGGACGACGGGGAACCGGUCCAGUCCUCCACUGUCACGGUGUCCAUCCUUCUGGAGGACGGUCUCCAUGAGCCCAUCUUAGACCUCCGACAGAAAGCGGUCGAGCCCAGCAAGAAAACUGGGAGAAUCACCCUUUAUUUGAUUCUGUCUCUGGCCUCGGUGUCCGUGCUGUCUCUGUUGACUUUUCUCAUCUUAGCGGUUAAAUGCAUCAGGAGCAGCAGAAGCAGCGGUAGCUGCUGCAUGAGACGGACCGACUGUGAUGAUUACAAGAACCCCAACAGAAACCUGCAGAUUCAGCUCAACACUGAUGGACCUAUAAAGUACGUGGAGGUCCUGGGAGGAGACAUGUUGUCUCAGAGUCAGUCCUUCAGGUCCUGUAUGUCUCCAAUGUCAGAGUACAGUGAUUUCACUCUGAUUAAGCCCAGCAGCACCACUGACUUUAAGGAGGUGAUCAGUGUCCUGGAUGCGUCUUUACCCGACAGCACCUGGACCUUUGAGAGCCAGCAGGUGAGCAGAAAAUAGCCAUUUAUCUUAAUGAAGAAAAUAUAAAGAUCAUGGCUAUUUGUUAUUUAGUAGAAGAAAUAAUCAUAUCAUAGUCUGUUAUGAAAGUCCAUCCACCCAUCCAUCCAUCCUUCAAUCCACCAAUCUACCAUGGCUGGUAAAUAUUGUUUUCAUCACACGUUU